AUGGAUAACUUUUUCACAUCUGUGUCUCUCGCACAGAACUUGCUUUCAAAACGUACAACUUUGGUUGGUACUACAAAUAAAGAGAGACGUGACAAUCCAUCGUACGUAAAAAAUCUAACAUUGGAUUUAUGUCACACCAAAACAUUUAAAACAGAAAAUGACCAAUGCUUAUUAACUGUUUACCAAACAAAGAGACACAAAAAUGUUUUGUUAUUACAUUACAUGAAAGUGUUCAUAUAUAGAGUGGCGAUGUCAAGAAAAAACCUGUAA